GCUCUGCGAAAGUUUGCAGGAAAAGUUUCAAGCUGUCACUGGCUGUCGGGAGGAGGCUGAUGGAGGACAGAAGGAGCAGGGAGCGACGCACAAACACGCUGAAAACACAAUAAAAACAGGGAGAGAAUGCAACAAAAACGCCCCGUGGAGACAGACGAUGUCCAGGCCUGAGCCGGAGGAGUUUUAUGAGACUGUCACAGAUUAAAGCAGGGUCGCAGCAAAAGCGAACGAAAGUGCAGCUCCAGAUGGAAAUCAUUUGAAUUGACAGCCGACCGCGCCGUGAGGAAAGGCAGUAAAUGUUUGUGAAGUACUUGCUCCCACCGUCCUGACAACAUGCGCUGCGGGCUUCACGCUUUUGGACAAAGAGCGGCUCCCAUUCACUGCUUCAUCGCGCUGCUGAUGGUCCUGGAAAGCUGCAAAACUCUGGGACUGUCACAUGAACCAGACGGGUCUCUGCAGGACCUGCCUCAGUAUGAAGUGGUUCACCCCACCAGAGUGGAUGCCAGAGGUCACUUCCUGUCCAACUUCCUGUCUCACCACGCUCGCCGUGUUCAGCGCCGGGACGCCGCAGAGGAACCGCCGGAUGUGGACCGGGUUUUCUACCAGUUCUGGCACGGCGGCCACAUCUUGCACUUUAACCUCACCCUGAACAGACACCUGCUGGCCCCGGGCUUCCUGACGGAGAGGAGGUACGGCGGCCUGGACGGAGCCCACAUCCUUCCUCCUGGAGCCUUCCGGUGCCAUUUCUUAGGAGAGGUGUGGGACGAGGCCGUUGUUAGAGGAAGUGCAGCUAUAAGCGCCUGUGACGGACUGACGGGGCUCUUCAAGCUGUCUGACGAGGAGUUCUUCAUUCAGCCUCUGGAGAAGCAGAGCGUCGACACCUCGGCUCCACAGGCUCACGCCGUCUACAAACGCCACGCCUCUCCUCCCCCCUGGAGUCCAGUCGUGCAGCCCAUCUCAGGGAAACAAGCUCGCAACGGUACUUGUGGAAAUCAAAACUCCCAUCGAAGUUUAGAAGACGUCGAGCGGCAGCGAGAGCGAUGGGAGCUCCGGCAGCAGAGGAGGAGGAGGAGGAUCCGCCAACGCUCCAUCAGCAAAGAGAAGUGGGUGGAAACGCUGGUGGUGGCCGACCCCAAAAUGGUCGACCAUCACGGGAGCAAAGCUGUGGAAAGCUACGUCCUGGCUGUCAUGAACAUUGUGGCGGGGGUGUUCAGAGAUGCCAGUAUUGGAAAUGCAAUCAACAUUGUGGUUGUUCGACUCAUCCUACUGGAGCAGGACGAGGGUGACUUAAAAAUUACACACCACGCUGACAACAGCCUGAACAGCUUCUGUAAGUGGCAGAAGAAGCUGAACAUGAAGGGAGACGAGCACCCGCUGCACCACGACGUGGCCGUUCUUCUCACCAGGAAGGACAUCUGUGCAUCCAUCAACACGCCUUGUGAGACUCUGGGUUUGUCUCACGUGGCCGGGAUGUGUCAGCCGCAUCGGAGCUGCAGCAUCAGCGAAGACACCGGCCUCCCAUUGGCCUUCACUGUAGCGCACGAGCUGGGACACAACUUUGGGAUUCAGCAUGAUGGCAACGGUAAUGACUGUGAACCCAUUGGGAAACGACCUUUCGUCAUGUCUCCACAGCUCCUGUACGGCACCUCCCUGCCCAGGUGGUCACGCUGCAGCCGCCAGUACAUCACCCGCUUCCUAGAUCGAGGCUGGGGCUGGUGUCUGGACGAUGCUCCGGGGAAGGACCGGCUGUCCCUGUCCACGGUGCUUCCUGGGGUUCUGUACAGCGCUGUCCAUCAGUGCCGGCUGCAGUAUGGAUCUGGGUCGGUGCUCUGCGAUGACAUGGACAACGUCUGCAGCACUCUGUGGUGCAGCGUGGGAACAACCUGCCACUCAAAGCUGGACGGAGCUGUGGACGGAACCAGCUGUGGAGACGGAAAGUGGUGUUUCAGCGGGGAGUGUGUCGCGGUGGGAUUCCAUCCAGAGAAAGUGGACGGCGGCUGGGCGUCCUGGAGCGAGUGGUCGGCCUGUUCCAGGACAUGUGGGGCCGGAGUCCAGAGUGCAGAAAGAGACUGCGAUAACCCCGUUCCAAAGUACAGAGGGAAAUAUUGUCUUGGAGAGCGACGAAGGUACAAGAUCUGCAACACGGCUCCAUGUCCUGAAGACCUGCCCACCUUCAGAAACAUCCAGUGUAGUCAUUUCAACACGCUGCCCUACAAAGGAAAGUUCUACAAGUGGGAAUCGGUCAUCAACAGAGUCAGCCCCUGUGAGCUGCACUGCCGUCCUCUGAACGAACAUUUCUCUGAGAAGCUGCGGGACGCCGUGACCGACGGGACGCCGUGCUACGAAGGCAACAAAAGCCGAGAUGUGUGCAUCAACGGCAUCUGUAAGAACAUCGGCUGUGAUUACGUGAUCGACUCCAACGCUGUGGAGGAUCGCUGUGGGGUCUGUCACGGGAACGGAUCGACCUGUACGACCGUGAGGAAAACAUUCCAAGAGAGUGAAGGACUCGGGUACGUGGACAUCGGGCUGAUCCCAGAGGGAGCCUGGGACAUUCGGAUCGAGGAAGUGGCCGAAGCUGGGAAUUUCUUGGCGCUCCGAGGCGACAGCCCCAACAGGUACUUUCUGAACGGCGGCUGGACGAUUCAGUGGAACGGAGAGUACAAGGCAGCCGGAACCGUGUUCACCUACGAGAGGACGGGCCACCUGGAGAACCUGACGUCACCUGGACCCACCAUGGAGCCGCUGUGGAUUCAGCUUCUCUUCCAGGAGACCAAUCCAGGAGUGCGGUACGAAUACACCAUCAGUCAGAACGUCUCCGAGGACGACAGCAUCCCAGCGUCGCUUUUCUCAUGGAAGUACGGUUCAUGGACUGAGUGCAGCGUUACCUGUGGAGCAGGUGUUCAGAGGCAGAUUGUUCACUGUGUGGAAAAGACAACGGGGAUAGUUGACGAGCAUUUCUGCGACCCUUUGACCCGACCUGACGAUAACCAGACCAGCUGCAGCCGGGAUCCCUGUCCGGCCACAUGGUGGGUUGGCGAGUGGCAGAAAUGCUCGGCGAGCUGCGGGAGCUCGGGUCUGUCUAAAAGGACGGUUCUGUGCAUCCAGGCGGUCAGCGUGGAGGAGCAGGAAGCCCUGGAGCCCAGCGACUGUGAACACAUCCCCAAACCUGAAUCGCUGUCCUCCUGCAACACUCACAUCCCCUGUCCGGCCGACUGGACCGCUGGCGGCUGGUCGAAGUGUUCGCUGACUUGUGGAAGUGGAGUUCGUCACCGUAAUGUAACCUGCUCCAGAAACACAGGCGUCGACUGCGACCCGCUGAAGAAACCUCCAGGCGUCGCCGCCUGCUUCGUCCAGGACUGUCCGCAGGUUGUGGAUAACUUCGGAGGCAUCGACUGGUCUGGGAGCGGCUGGUCCAGCAAGGAAGUGCUCAAUGAAAUCAACCCCAUACCUGAAGUCAAACCUCCUCCCAAAUACGCCACCAGAGCCCAGCCGAGAAUCCACAACGACCUCAACAGCGUGGUUGAAGGAGACUUCCACUACCACAACAACAUUGAAAAUAUCGAUAAUUCUCAAGAAAACCGCGUUCAAGUGGAUGAUUUUUACUAUGACUACAACUUCAUCAACUUCCAUGAAGACUUGUCAGAUGACUUUGAGGAUAGCGUUCCACUGGAGACUCUGCCGACCCCCAGCGUGAAACAAAAUGCUGACGUGGAAACUCCAGAAGCUCCCAUUCCUACAGCCUCAAAGGCCACUGCCUACACACUGAGAACUGCAGAACCGCAGAGCACAGCAGUGCAAAGAGGGCAGGAGACUAGAAAUACAGCAAGAAAAGAAACCGAUUCUGAAGAUGUGGAUGACUUUCUUUCUGAGGACUAUCUUCUGCCUGUGCAUACGACUCACACGCCAACAUUCAGAGACACACACGGCAAACUGUGGAGGCCUGAAAACACGAGCACAAAGCCUGGUCUGGUUUUCUCUACAAAGCAGCCCACACAGGAUGUGAAAUGGGGGCAACAUGGAGAGGAGGCUGAAAAGGAUGUCAGUGUGAGUCCAGAACAUGCUGCUACUACUCCCAGACAUCCCACUACACUCACUGCUAUUGUCUCUACAACAGCGAGUUCUCAGGAGACGGAUGAACGUCACCAUUAUGAGUAUAUCUAUGCAGAUCAGGAUGACUUGGAGAGUCCAGAACCUUUAGGACCUCCCACGCCAGAAACUAUAAUUCAGGUUCAGGCUGAAAUCCCACUGGAUGAAAACGCUUCGGAAAUACCUCAAACAACCACUCGGUCUGCAAUAAUUCCAGUUUCCUUCACCCUGGAGGAUUCGGACAUGGCUAAGACUCAUUUUAAUCCAAUAUAUACCACUAGUGAUGCUAAUUUAUGGAAUACUGACUCGGACCUCGGUGCGACCUCGCCUCCUGCCUCUGAGAAAUCGACUCCUCUCCCUAUUCCCUUUCUGCUAAACUCAGGUAACCAAGAGGCCUCUGAUCCCACAUCAUUAACUGGAACAGAAAUCAUACCUCCUACAGACCUGGACGGAGCUACUCGGCCUUCUCCAGAUCACUUCCUGACCGCUACAACGGAACCGAUAACUACAAAUCCUGCUUUCACUGAAACAACUGGAACCGGUUCUGCAUUUGACUUUGACUAUAACGAAAUAGUCGUUCCUCCGGUGGUGAGCAGCAGCAUUAGCGGUGAUCCUGACCCUUCGUACCGGCUUCCAACAGGCACAGAAUCCACUCCCGAGUACUUGGUAACGCUCGUACAGCAUGUUGAACCACCAACACCUGCUGUGUCCGUCUCCUCAACCCACCCACCUCUUCUGUGGACACUUCCUGUGGCAGCAUCCGUUCCAACAUCAGCCUCCACACAAGCCACCAGAGCUGCCUACUGGGUUGCCGGCAACUGGAGUGCUUGUUCCACCACUUGUGGUCUGGGGGCUAUCUGGAGAACUUUGGCUUGCAGCACCGGAUCAGAGUCUGACUGCGAUCCGGCCAAGAGGCCUGCCCCGGCCCAGCGGUGUUACCUGAGGCCCUGCUCUACCUGGAAGGUUGGGGAGUGGAGUAAGUGCUCCAAGAGCUGUGAAGGCGGCAUCACAUUAAGAGACGUUCAUUGUUUUGACCUGAGGGAUCAGAGGCCCCUGCGACCUUUCCACUGCAGAGCCAUGUCCUCCAGACCACAAACCCAAAUGCCCUGCAACCUUCAGCCAUGCCUGCAGUGGUACGCCUCCUCCUGGGGUCAGUGCUCUGAGGUGUGUGGAGGAGGCGAGCAGCAGCGGAUCGUCACCUGUCCAGAGGACGAUCGAUGCGACAGAGACGUCCAGCCGAGCAGCAUCCAGCCGUGUAACACCCAGCCGUGUGCUCAGUGGCUGACGGGAUCCUGGGGACAGUGUUCGGCCUCCUGCGGCGGCGGAGUUCAGCAUCGACUCAUCAAAUGCGUGGACACCAAGGCCGAGGCGGAUGAAGAGGUGGAUCAGGACCGGUGUGACCACGAGCCGCCGCCUGACAGCAGCAAAAAGUGCAACCUGCAGGAGUGUGAGAGCGCCCCCUCUGGAGCAGUCUGCCUUCGCGAUCGCCUCUCGUUCCGGUUCUGUCAGACCCUCCGCUGGCUCGGCCGCUGCCUCCUGCCCAACGUUCAGUCGCAGUGCUGUAAAACCUGCAGCCAGCGCUCCCGAUCCAGCGGCACGUCCCGCCACCGAGGUGCAGCUAAAUAACCACUCACACCGCCAACGACAGGAGCACUGAUCGAACCACUGAGUCAUUUAAAGUCUGAGCCCUCUCCUGGUUUCCUCCAGUUAUCUUCUGCAUGUUUGCGCUGAUGGAGUCAAAUGUGCAGAACUGAAAUUAUCUGGGAAUGUAAUAAUCAAAAAGCAGGACAGUGAGAUUGUAAAUAUUUGUUUGCACUUUUUAUACUACAGUUUGACUAGUUCCGUGACUCCAGAUUUCUUUGUAGAAGGUUACGUAGCCAGCGUAGUGAUGUUUUAUAACACAUGUAGACAAACCACUCAUUAACCUCUGUGGUUGGUACAACAGCAGCAAAAACUGUACAGGUUCAACCAGCAUAAUGAAGCAGAAAGUACGUGGUGCAUAAAUGAUUCAUGUGAUGUAGGAAUAACUGACUGUUUGCUAAGCCCCGCCUCCUUAAAGGAUGAUUCCAGUUUAUUUCAACCGGCUGUAUCUCUGAUUCAUGUGUCUGCUGCAGCUCUGUGGGUCGUGCUAACUUUAAAUUUUCUUCCUGCUUUGUAGAGAUCUAAGGAAACAAGGAGUCAAAAUGGUGUAUAAGGGGCCAAAAGUGCAAAAAUGAGGCGUAAAAACAAGAAACGAAAUGACAAAAAAUGAGACAAAUGACAAAAAUGGGAUAAAAAAUUACACAAAACGACAAAACACACAACAGUGAAUAAAGCAAAACACCAAAUGACAAAAAUAAGACAACUGAAGCGAGACAAAAAGGAAACACGACAAAAACAUGAGACAAAUGACAAGUUAGAGGGAAAAAAGCCAAAAAAACAACAUAAACAAGACAAAAUAUUAUAAAAAUGUGACACAAAAUGACAAAAAUAUGACAAAAAAGUUGCAAAGUGACAGAAAAAUGGACAAAUGACAAAAAGAGACAACAAAUUACAUAAAUGACGAGACAAAAAUGGACAAAAGCGAGAAAUAAAACGACCAAAAAAAGGCAACACAAACAAGACAAAAACACACAAAACAACACAAACGAUGCUCAAAACAACGAAUAAGACGAAACACAAAAUGACAAAAACAAGACAAAAAAAGUGAGACAAACCCAAAACGACAAAAACACGAAACAAACGACAAAAGUCAGACAAAAAACAACAAAAACAACAAAUCUAGUGUUUUACUUUAUGAUCAAAAUAACUUGUCAUGGUCUAGAAAUGAUUUUACAUUUAUAGUUUUACUAAUUAUGAUAAACAUUGACAGGAUGUUUCAUCUCCCCAAAAUCAACUGGAAGGAGAAACAAAAGUUGGACACAUGAUGUAAAGUUGGUUACGAUGAGUAAAGAUGUAUUUUAUGUACUGGAUAUCUUGUUUGCUACGGCACAAACAAACCAGUUACCAGCAGUAAUUCCUGAUGCUGAUUUCUGCUUCUUACAAUCGAUCAGACUUGAAAGCAAACUUUUAAAGUGAUUUGUGACUCUCUAAUCUCUUUAGAAGCUGCAGGGAGCUAACUCAUGUGUGCUGUUUACAAAACAAGCGCAAAGUGCCGUCCAUUGAUGUGAAAUCCAACAGGUUGAAAUAAACUGCAGUCAUCCUUCAUUUACUGUUGCUACAGACGCUUGCUUUGCACUUAUUCAGUUUACAUAACAGUGGUGGGUUUAGCGUUAAAGUCUCAUCAGUCUGACAGAAGCAGGUUCUCGUUUUUAGUCGGUUUCCUUCGAUUUUUCUGAAAUUACAGCCAUUAGCUCCACAAGCUGUUUAAAAACUCAACCUCAGGCUGACUUGUUCAUGUUUGAAGCUAACUUGUUUGAAAGAAACCCUUGAAUCACGUCCUAAUGUGCAGUAGAUGGUGACAGACAGGACAGCGGCCUGACCGAGGCUGAAGCUGCAUCAUCACCAGGAGAUGUUUCAUGCAGAAGACACGGCAACGAAGAAGUCACAUCGUUACUGAAUGGCAGAGAAGAACCACUUAACCUUAUUACUGAAUGUUACGUACGAUGUGGACAAACAACCCAACGGUUUGUUAAACAGAACCAUCUGAUCCAGAGUCCAAUCUUUAUGCUCCACAGCAAACUGAUCAGUGGUUUUCUUAGAGCUACAGCUGGUUAGUCCCAAUCCUUUGAGUUCCCUUCAUGUGGAAAUGUUCUUACUUUCUCUAUUAAACAGCUGUGAGUUCUACUGUUGGUUUCCUACAAUCAUGUAAGAGAUUAUUCCUGAAGAUGAUGGUUCUCCACCAUCCUUCAGGUUUUAAUGACGCGUUGCACGGUUCUUAAACUGAUUUUAGUCGUUUCAUUUCCUUAGUUGUUUUCUUAGCAUGAUGCCGGCCAAUGAUUUGACCCUUCUGAGACAGAUUAACAUCCUUUAUGACCACAGGAUGUGUCUUCCAUCAUGGUUGUUUCAGAAAUAAGAAGCUCCUCACUGCAUCAGCUGUGGUUAAAGAAGUUGUUUCAUCACUGCAGUAAUUAUCCAAUGGAAGGCUCUUAUCUGUUUGCUUCGUUAAAUCCAGGUGGUGAUUUUUUUCUCUUUUUUUUUGGGCAGGCAGUGUAUUUCAGAAGAUAGCAGGCACUUUCAAGAAAUAUGUAGCUGGUGAUUGGAUGAACCAUCUGUCAACAUCCAUCACAGGCUAACCAGUAAACCUUCAUAGGAUACUAACCAGUAGAUACCCAUGUUCAAUGGAAUAUGGGUAUCUUUUGACCCAUGUUGUGCAUCAAAGGGUUAAAAAGAUCUCCGUCCAAAGGAGCACUAUGGAAUAGUUUCAGAGAUGAUCUCCAUCCAUCCUGUGACCGUUAAUGUCCACUGAGCAUGCAUGUGCUGGUGCACACAGGAAGUAAAAGGUUGGUUGUUUAGUUGUAGAGUCCCAUGAUAGAAGUGUGACCAAUCAGAGGACAUGUCAUGACUGAUAAGAACCAAUCAGGAAGCAAUGUAAGUGUCUGUGUAAUCAUUCUCCGUUUCUACCUGACUAAAUGUCAAAACUGCAAACGGAAAGUCAGAAAAUUAUUGCAGAAGGUCAGAAGUGUGGACGAAUCUGUCUUUUUAAAAAAAAAAAAAAAUUUACAUAAAGACGAGGCUUAAUUUGUGGCUAAAGGUCAUAUUUUUCCCGCAGUAUGUCUCUACUUUUAAUAAUAAAGGAGAUUAGGCUGCAGGGUUUGCUGGACUGUGUGAGUGGAAUCAUGCAGAACUGACCUUCACUCAGUGGACUUCCUUCUAGUGAUUAAGACUUUGUCACAAAAUAUGUAACCUCAUCAGUGAAGCAGCUCGCUAACGGCACACAACUUUUGACAUUGGAAGGAACAAUGAGUUACUCUAGAUAGCUGUAGUUAGCUUGACAUACAGAGACUUGCAGCUGAAGUGAAAUGUUUGUGGACUUUGUGUUUUAAAGACCACCCACCAGGUUUUACCAUUAAUUGCUUUUACUCUGUUCAUCGUCCAAAGCUCCACAGUUUGCCAGCUGUCAGUAGUGAAGAGGAGGGGUGUUAGUGGACGGUCAGUCGGGCUGUUUACGUCUACUGCAUCUUGUAAAAAGCCUUUUUGAAGUCGUAUCUUUAACGAGCUUUCAACACACACAUUUGUAAAAGUCACAAAGUAAAGUGUAAAUGUGAAAAGCAAAAGCUGCAGGAGAUGUUUGGUGCUAGAGGCCGUUCGGGUCGGGUGUUGGCAGGCCCAGUGCCUUUUUACUUGACUGUCAUUUAAUAUUAGGGUUUCUAUUAAACCGCUUCAUUCAAACAUGAGUCAAAAUCAAGAUGUGCUGUUUGAAAUGAGUGUGAAAAUGUUUGAAACUGAAGGAAACUGUCACAGAAAAGCAUCCUAUUCUGUCAUCUGUGACAUCUGAUUUUAAAAAUGGAAUGUCUUCGGUACAGCUAUAUUGAACUUCCUUAAGAAGAAAAGGGAAAAAAAUCUCCAUGUUUUCUUCAGGCGAGUUAUCCAGGGACGGCUUAGUGUCGUUCCAUCCCUCACAGGUAGAAAACAUAAGCUAUAUCUGGUAAUUGACUUUUCAUGUGUAUUCAAAUGAAAUUCAGCAUUUCUGGUGUAUAAAUAUAAUAUGUCAACAUAUAAAUUCUUUUUUUACAGUGAUGCUCAUUAUGUUCCAUUUCUCAAAAUUGCAUUGAUCUUUAAUUGUCCUCGAGAUUCAGUUGAUUGUCUGAUGACCUUCUCCUUCCUUGGUUACCGUUGCUACGUCUGCCGAGUUUUUAAUCGUCAUGCAGCACAUGUAGGGUUCAGGGAUAACUGUGGCAGGUUUUACGAUUAAAAUAAGACUUCAUUUUUACAAGAGUGAGUCCUCAAUGUCUUGCAGAAGGUGAGCUGGCGCCGGCAGAUCUAAUUUGAGGAAGAAGUUGAUCAGACUCCACCAACUCGGAGCUUUUUGAUGUUUCCAGCUGUUCUGAUGUGUAUUCAGCAGCUCCGUACCAUCCCUGCCUAUAAUAGCCCGUAUGUGGCCUUUUCCCCUGAUGAGAAAUAAAGAAGCUCAUUAGAAA